UUUGGAAUCCAACGGCUAGUUUCUAGGGCUCGGCGAUGGAGAAACGCGAGAACGAGAUAGAGCAGCAGCAGCGGCACACAGUCAAGAAGCUCAGCGGGAGAGCUGCGCGAGUUCUCCAACCUCCGAAUCGCGCAGCGCCAUCGUCGGCACGCCGUGUGGCGAUCUGUCCCUCUUCCUCCGGGAAAACAAAGGCCAAAGAAGACGUGCUCCUUCUUCAUACGCCUCGCAAAGGAGCUGCUGGCGAAUGUUUUCUCGCGACUCCAACUCCAGCUAAAGAUUUCUCUCGGCAAGGAAAGGAGUCUCACGAUUUCUCCUCGCCGAUCGGGCCUUCACCGAUGAAUCUGUUUCAAGAGCAGCAUGACUUGUGUGGGAUUUGGCGAUCGUCUGCCAAGCGCGUGCCUCUCUCAUCUAGCGGCCUUGGAAAACCCCGCAGAAUUCUCCUCCAAGAAGAGCAUCAUAACGAAGAGAAUCAUCACACUAACACACAGAUGAAGAAGAAACCCAUGACACCGACACCAAGACGAUGCGACUGGGAUAAAAAAUCCUUUUCUGCAUCCGGUGUUGCUGCAGCUCGUAAAGAAAUUGAGACCGGAGCCUUACCUCUGCGAAGAACCUUGGAUUUACAGGAAUAGACAUCCAGCCACAAAGUCCCUACGUUAGAUCCACAUGGAGUAAGUUUGCAGCAAUCCCUCUCAAAGUCAGCAUCUUCGUAUCACAAACGAAAUCCACUAUACUCGUCAAGCCAUUCCGGAAUGAUAACCGGUCAUCAGGCAGCAAGUCUCGUACUCUCUCUGUGCUGCAACUGCUUCCCAAGGUGCUAGCCAUGAACAGGCAAACGAAAGCAACCGAGAGCUCCUCCAAGAUCGUAGAGGUAGAAGUAGCUCCCGGUGCAUUGCUACUGAUUGGCACUGUGAAAGACACCAUCUGUGAGUAAACAAACUUGUUAAAAAGUUUGUUUACUGGGUUUUCAGCGCUGGAUGUUUUCGUUGGAAACGCUCUGGAUAAGUGUGGGAGCAUGGCUGGUGCCCGACGAGUUUUCGAUAGGAUGCCUUGUCUCGUGGAACACGCUACUGGUGGGAUACGUAGACAAUGAAGAAGCCGAGCUAGCGCUAGAAAGCUUCGCGAGCGCUACUACAGCGGAUGCCUUUAAGUUUGUCGCUGGUUUGAAGGCCUGCAGUGGAUUGAAAGAAGAAGCCACAAGCUUUGACGGGAAGAUGGUGAUAGUGGAUUCUCUGGAGAAGGGGAUGGCGAUUCACAUCCAGGCCGCGGAGAAAGGAUACGAGAGGGACGAGUUUUUGUCGAACACUCUCAUGGACAUCUAUGCCAAGUGUCUCAGCAUGGUGGAGGCUGAGAGAGUUUUCAGGA